UCUCUCUCCCCGCCUACUCCGCCGUCGCGGAGCGCCAAACUCAAAACCGUGUUCGGAACCCGUACGCCUUUCGGGCUAGAACGGAAGGCCGGGCUUGGGCUUCUCCGCACAGCGGCCGGGACACAGCCGUUCAAGAUGAGCCAGGUUCUGUUUCAGCAACUCGUUCCGUUGUUGGUGAAAUGCAAAGACUGCGAGGAGAGGAGAGUCAGCGUUAGAGUGAGUAUUGAACUACAAUCAGUUUCCAAUCCAGUUCACAGAAAGGAUUUAGUUAUCCGCCUGACUGAUGACACGGAUCCGUUUUUUCUGUAUAACCUUGUUAUAUCUGAGGAAGAUUUUCAAAGUUUAAAAUUCCAGCAAGGGCUUCUGGUGGACUUCUUAGCUUUCCCACAAAAAUUUAUAGAUCUGCUUCAGCAGUGUAUGCAGGAACAUGCCAAGGAAAUUCCAAGGUUUUUGCUACAAUUGGUUUCUCCAGCAGCUAUUCUGGAUAACUCACCUGUAUUUUUAAAUGUGGUAGAAACAAAUCCUUUUAAACAUCUUACACACCUCUCACUAAAACUUUUACCUGGAAAUGAUGUGGAAAUAAAGAAAUUUCUAGCAGGCUGUUUAAAGUAUAGCAAGGAAGAGAAAAUAUCAUUGACGCAAUCACUAGAUGAUGUUACUAGGCAACUGAACUUGACACAAAAGACAUUAUCAGAAAAAAUCCAAGAAUUAGAUAAGCUUCGGAGUGAGUGGGCAUCGCACACAGCAGCGUUGACAAGUAAGCAUUCUCAGGAACUCACAAAUGAGAAGGAGAAAGCUCUGCAGGCACAGGUCCAGUGUCAACAACAGCAUGAACAACAGAAAAAGGAUUUGGAAAUCCUCCAUCAACGAAAUAUCCAACAACUACAAAACAGACUAUCUGAAUUAGAAGCAACUAAUAAAGACCUAACAGAAAGGAAAUAUAAAGGAGACUCCACUGUUAGAGAACUGAAAGCAAAACUUUCUGGUAUUGAAGAGGAGCUGCAGCGGACUAAGCAAGAAGUUCUGUCUUUGAGAAGAGAGAAUUCUACACUAGAUUCUGAAUGCCAUGAGAAAGAAAAGCAUAUUAAUCAGCUACAAACCAAAGUGGCAGUUCUAGAACAGGAAAUCAAGGACAAAGACCAGCUUGUUUUAAGAACAAAAGAAGCAUUUGAUACAAUCCAGGAACAAAAGGUGGCUUUAGAAGAAAAUGGCGAGAAAAAUCAGGUACAGCUGGGAAAACUUGAAGCCACAAUAAAAUCAUUAUCAGCAGAACUUCUUAAGGCAAACGAGAUAAUCAAGAAGUUACAAGGGGAUUUAAAAACACUAAUGGGUAAAUUGAAGCUGAAGAAUACAGUUACUAUUCAGCAAGAGAAACUCUUGGCUGAGAAGGAAGAAAAAUUACAAAAGGAGCAUAAAGAAUUACAAGAUGUUGGACAGUCUCUCCGAGUUAAAGAACAAGAGGUAUGCAAAUUGCAAGAACAAUUAGAAACUACAGUUCAAAAACUUGAAGAAAGUAAACAGCUUCUAAAAAAUAAUGAAAAGUUGAUCACAUGGUUAAAUAAAGAACUAAAUGAAAAUCAGUUAGUGAGAAAGCAAGAUCUCUUGGGACCUUCUACCACUCCACCUGUGCAUUCUAGCAGUGCAAUCAGAAGUGGAAUUUCUCCUAACCUGAAUGUGGUGGAUGGUAGACUUACAUACCCAAGCUGUGCAAUUGGUUAUCCUGCCUCGUCUGCAUUUGCAUUUCAAAAUACCUUCCCUCACCCGAUAUCUGCCAAGAAUACCAUCCACCCAGUUCCAGCACCAAAGGUUCAGUUUAACUUGCAGUUUACCAAGCCACAUACAUCACUAGAUGUUCCGUCAGCAGCCACUACUAGCGUGCCUUCCUCAUCUGAUAAAGAAAAUGGUGAAAAUCUGGGGCUGGAAUCCAAAUACUUGAAGAAAAGGGAAGACAGCAUUCCUUUACGUGGACUCAGCCAGAAUCUGUUCAGCAAUUCAGGUGAGCGGACAUUUCUGAACCGCGCUGUCAGCCGCGCUGUGAUUCAGUGUGAUCAUUUUUCCUUGUCCUCCUCUGCAGACAUUCAGAAAGAUGGCGCUCUGGGAACACUGCAGACCUCUGCCAAGCCCACAGUCCUCCCUUCUGUAUCUUCAGCUUAUUUCCCUGGGCAGAUACCCAACAGUUAAUUUGAGUACCAUCAUUGCCUUAUUUUAUAAACUCAGGUGG